AAAGUAAAAAGACCAUUUAUUUGCAGAGAAAAAAAGCUUCAUAAUGGAAAACAAUCACAACCACCAACAACAUCUCCGACCAUCAUCAAGAUUCAAUCGUAUCUGUGUCUUUUGUGGAAGCAGCUCCGGCAAGAACCCUAUUUAUCAACUUUCUGCUCUUCAACUUGGAAAGGAAUUGGUCGAGCGAAAAAUCGACUUGGUUUAUGGAGGUGGAAGUAUCGGUUUAAUGGGACUCAUUUCUCAAACUGUUUUCGAUGGCGGUCGUCAUGUUUUAGGGGUAAUUCCAAGAACACUCAUGCCUAGAGAGAUUACUGGGGAGACCAUAGGAGAAGUUAAAGCUGUUUCUGGCAUGCAUCAAAGGAAGGCCGAAAUGGCUCGUCAAGCUGAUGCUUUUAUUGCCUUGCCAGGUGGGUAUGGAACACUAGAAGAGCUUCUUGAAGUGAUUACAUGGGCUCAAUUGGGAAUCCAUGAUAAGCCGGUAGGGUUAUUGAAUGUUGAUGGGUAUUACAACUCACUAUUGUCCUUCAUAGAUAAGGCAGUUGAUGAAGGUUUUGUCACUCCUUCUGCCCGUCACAUUUUAGUCUCUGCCCAAACUGCCCGUGAACUCAUGUGCAAGCUUGAGGACUAUGUUCCCAUGCAUAGCUCAAUGCUUAGUUGGGAGAUGGAGCAGCAGUUUGGCUACAACACUAGAUCAGAUAUAGGCCGUUGAUUCCAACAGCCUCCAUUCAUCACAACCGAAGAUCUUAACAACAACUUAAUUAUAUAUAUAUA